AGAAAAACUAGGGCUUCCUUCUCUUUCCGGUUCCGCCGAUUGCGACCAAUAAAAUUUUAAUUUCUCAGAAAGCAAGAAAGUUAGAACUUCACACUCAUUCUCCGCAGUCUACAACCAGAUUUAUAAGCUCAUUCAGUUAACAUACCAAUUACAGCUAGAGCUGAUCCUUGCUGCUUCGCGGUAGUCGAUCGAUCCGUGGAUUAAUUUGUCGCAGGACUGUAGUGACCGUCUUUCAACUCUUCGAUUCAGAUCCAGUUGAGGGUUGAGUUUUAUUGUAAAAGGAUCGAGUUUUGACUGUCAAAGAAGUCCCUGUGAAGGGGAGAAGCUUUCAAUGCAGAUCUUGACUGGCGUUCAGGCAUUUCGGGAGAAAAAGGAUAAUCUGUUUGCAGAGUGUAUGCGUGAAAAAGCACUUUCCUAGCAUUUUUGCAUGAGGUGAUGUCAUUAAUCAUUAGAUCUGAUUGAGAUUAAUCAGUUCAUCCUCGGUCUUCCAAAGUCGAAUAAGGAGACGCAGAAGCCAAUGGAGUCGGGAGGAGAGGCGACGUCAAAGACUUCAAAGCAUGGUCAGGUCUGCCAGAUCUGUGGUGACAACGUGGGCACAACAGUGAGUGGUGAACUCUUCAUUGCUUGCGACGUUUGUGCAUUUUCUGUCUGCAGGCCUUGCUAUGAGUAUGAAAGGAAAGAUGGGACUCAAUCUUGCCCUCAAUGCAAGACUAGAUACAAGAGGCAUAAAGGAAGCCCUCCCAUUCGUGGUGAUCCAGUUGAGGAUGAUGUCGAUAAUGUUGAUUAUCCUUCUGGGAAUCAAGACCAGAAGCAGAAAAUCGCAGAGCGCAUGCUAAGCUGGCAUAUGAGCUAUGGGAGAGGGGAGGAUGUCAGGACCACUAAGUAUGAUAAAGAAGUUUCUCUCAACCACAUCCCUUUGCUCACCAAUGGCCAGUCAGUUUCAGGAGAAUUAUCUGCAGCAUCUCCAGAACGUAUUUCAAUGGCAUCUCCUGGUGCAGGUGGUGGAAGCAAGCGUGUACAUCCACUUCCUUAUUCAGCUGAUAUUAAUCAAUCACCUAAUAUUAGGGUCGUAGACCCAGCACAAGGAUUUGGCAAUGUAGCUUGGAAGGAGAGAGUUGAGGGCUGGAAGGUGAAGCAGGAGAAGAAUGUUGUACCAGUGAGCACUCAUGCCACUUCUGAAGGCAGGGGAGGUGGAGAUAUUGAUGCUAUCACUGAUGUACUUAUGGAUGAUUCUUUAAUGAAUGAUGAAGCUCGCCAGCCUCUUUCAAGGAAGGUUCCUAUUCCUUCAUCUCGGAUAAAUCCUUAUAGGAUGGUCAUUGUUCUGCGAUUAAUUAUUCUUUGCAUUUUCCUGCACUACCGUAUAACAAAUCCUGUACCCAAUGCAUAUGCUUUGUGGCUGAUUUCUGUGAUAUGUGAGAUUUGGUUUGCUAUAUCCUGGAUAUUGGAUCAGUUCCCGAAAUGGUUUCCAAUAAACCGUGAGACCUAUCUUGACAGGCUUUCUCUGAGAUAUGACCGAGAAGGAGAGACAUCACAACUGGCUGCUGUUGACAUUUUUGUCAGUACUGUUGACCCUUUAAAGGAACCUCCUCUUGUCACAGCAAAUACUGUCCUUUCCAUCCUUGCAGUUGACUAUCCAGUUGACAAGGUCUCUUGCUAUGUUUCUGAUGAUGGAGCUGCUAUGUUGACAUUUGAGGCUCUGUCUGAAACUUCAGAAUUUGCAAGGAAAUGGGUUCCUUUCUGCAAGAAAUAUAACAUUGAGCCACGUGCUCCAGAAUGGUAUUUUGCACAGAAGAUUGACUAUUUGAAAGAUAAGGUACAACCAUCAUUUGUCAAAGAUCGCAGAGCUAUGAAGAGAGAAUAUGAAGAAUUUAAAGUUCGUGUCAAUGGACUUGUUGCAAAGGCACAAAAAGUUCCUGACGAAGGUUGGGUAAUGCAAGAUGGUACCCCAUGGCCAGGAAAUAACACCAGAGAUCAUCCAGGAAUGAUACAGGUUUUCUUAGGCCAUAGUGGAGGACUUGACAGUGAGGGUAAUGAGCUACCUCGGUUGGUCUAUGUGUCUCGUGAAAAGCGUCCAGGCUUCCAGCAUCACAAGAAGGCUGGUGCAAUGAAUGCACUUGUUCGCGUGUCAGCAGUGCUUACCAACGGCCCUUACCUAUUGAAUCUUGAUUGUGACCACUACAUUAACAAUAGCAAGGCUCUGCGGGAAGCUAUGUGUUUUCUAAUGGAUCCAAACCUUGGGAGACAAGUUUGUUAUGUUCAAUUUCCACAGAGGUUUGAUGGCAUUGACAAGAAUGAUCGGUAUGCCAACCGAAACACCGUCUUCUUUGAUAUAAACUUAAGAGGCUUGGAUGGCAUUCAAGGCCCUGUUUAUGUGGGUACCGGAUGUGUCUUCAAUAGAACAGCUUUAUAUGGUUAUGAGCCUCCUAUAAAGCCUAAGCAUAGAAAACCAGAUUUCUUAUCUACCUUCUGUGGUGGAUCACGGAAGAAGGGUUCAAAAUCAAGUAAAAAGGGCUCAGACAAGAAGAGAUCUAGCAAGCAUGUGGACCCAACUGUGCCAAUAUUCAAUCUAGAAGAUAUAGAAGAGGGGGUUGAAGGUGCUGGAUUUGAUGAUGAGAAGUCACUUCUCAUGUCACAGAUGAGCCUUGAGAAAAGGUUCGGUCAGUCAGCUGUGUUUGUUGCCUCUACACUUAUGGAAAAUGGUGGUGUUCCUCAGUCUGCCACUCCCGAGACUCUCCUUAAAGAAGCUAUCCAUGUUAUCAGCUGUGGAUAUGAGGAUAAGUCUGAAUGGGGCAGUGAGAUUGGAUGGAUCUAUGGUUCUGUCACAGAAGAUAUCCUUACAGGAUUCAAGAUGCAUGCCCGCGGUUGGCGAUCAAUCUACUGCAUGCCCCACCGCCCAGCCUUCAAAGGAUCUGCUCCUAUUAACCUGUCAGAUCGUCUAAACCAAGUUCUACGAUGGGCUUUAGGUUCUGUAGAAAUUCUUUUCAGUCGACACUGCCCCAUGUGGUAUGGCUACGGUGGAAGGCUGAAAUGGCUCGAGAGAUUUGCUUAUGUCAACACUACAAUUUACCCAGUAACUUCUAUUCCUCUUCUUGCUUACUGUACAUUACCAGCUGUCUGUCUGCUGACUGGAAAGUUCAUUAUUCCACAGAUCAGUAACUUCGCUAGUAUUUGGUUUAUAUCCCUCUUCCUUUCUAUCUUUGCUACUGGUAUAUUGGAGAUGAGGUGGAGUGGUGUUGGCAUUGAUGAAUGGUGGAGAAAUGAACAGUUUUGGGUUAUAGGAGGUGUCUCAGCCCAUCUUUUUGCUGUCUUCCAAGGCCUGCUCAAAGUCCUUGCUGGCAUUGAUACCAAUUUCACUGUCACGUCCAAGGCAUCUGAUGAGGACGGGGACUUUGCUGAGCUUUACAUGUUCAAAUGGACAACUUUGCUCAUACCACCAACCACUCUCCUCAUUAUAAACUUGGUUGGGGUGGUUGCUGGUAUCUCCUAUGCCAUCAACAGUGGGUACCAGUCAUGGGGACCUCUCUUUGGGAAGCUAUUCUUUGCCUUCUGGGUGAUUAUUCACCUCUAUCCUUUCCUUAAGGGUCUAAUGGGGCGCCAGAACCGAACACCUACAAUUGUUGUUGUUUGGUCGAUUCUCCUUGCUUCCAUAUUCUCUUUGUUAUGGGUUCGCAUCGAUCCCUUUACCACCCGGGUGACUGGCCCCGAUGUUCAACAGUGUGGAAUCAACUGCUAGAGGGAAGAGUGAAAAGAUGAAAGAACAACAAACUAACAAUUUAAAGUCUUAAACCUUGGCAACUGUUGGACGAAGGAAAAAGAUCAAAGUUUAAUCUUGAUAUCUGAUGAAGCUAAGGCUGAAAUGCAGGGCUUUUGAGCUGUGCCUGAUCAGGUUCGGGUCUUGAUUGAAUUGUGAAAGUAUAUACAUGUAGAUAGGACAGCUCGAAGCAUUUUGUCUUGUAAGUUAUGAUUAUUUUAUUUGUUGAAUCAAUGAAAUUAUUGAGUUGGAAGAAAUUGGACGGAAGCCGCUUUCUUCCCUAUCGAUCUGUAAGGAAAAAAAAACAAAAAACUAUUGAGUUCUUAAUGUUUAGAUGUUCCAUUCUUUCUGUAUC